GCGCUGUGCCUCCGUUUUGGACUCUGCAGCCGCGUGAGGCGCCCCGGGGCCCGUGUGCCGAGCUGUGGGCGCCGGGGACCUGAGCUGCUUGCCGGCCAAGCCCGGAAGCCGGGACAUGGAUAUGGUAGCCUUUGAGGACGUGGCUUUGAACUUCACCCAGGAAGAAUGGGCUUUGCUUAGUUCUUCUCAAAAGAAUCUGUACAGAGAUGUGAUGCUGGAGACCUGCCAGAACCUCAGUGCUGUUGGAAUCAAAUGGGAAGACCAGAACAUUGAAGACGCUUAUAAAAAUUCUAGAAAAUAUCUAUCGUGCAUCCUACUUCAAUCUGGAUAUAAACCAUAUGAACAUGAAGAAUAUGGAAAACAAUUUAAAUGUAAACACUGUGGAACUACCUUAAAUUUUGCCAGAAAUAUUGAAAGACACAUGAGAAUCCACACUAUAAAUGGAUCUUGUGAAUAUGAGGACAUGGUGGCCUUUCAGGACGUGGCUAUAAAUUUCACUCGGGAAGAGUGGACUUUGCUAUAUCCUUCUCAGAAGAGUCUAUACAGUGAUGUGAUGCUGGAAAUCUGCAGGAAUUUCACCUUUAUAAGAAACAAAUGGGAAGGCCAGAACAUUGAAGAUCAUGAUAAAAAUUCUAGAAGAAAUCUGAGGCACAUCAUGCCUCACCCUGGAUACAAACCAUAUGAGCAUGAGGAAUGUGAAAAGCAAUAUAACUGUAAUUCUCUCACAAAUAUUCAAAGACACAUGGGAAUCCACACUUGCAAAUAUGAGGAUUCGGUCACCUUUGAUGAUGUGGCUGUGAAGUUCACCCAGGAAGAGUGGGCUUUGCUGGAUCCUUCUCAGAAAAAUGUGUACAGUGAUGUGAUGCUGGACACUUGCAGCAAUCUUGCUUCUGUAGGAAAUAAAUGUGAAGAGCAGUGCGUCGAAGUCCAGAACAAAAAUCCUAGGGGAAAUCUAAGAAGCUACCCAGUAGAGACACUGCAUGAGAGUAAAGAAGAAGGUGUUCAGUGGGGAGAAACCUUCACCCAGAUACCAAAUCUCAAUAUGAACAUGGACAUUUUUACUGGAGUAAAACCAUGGCAGUAUAAUGUGUAUGAAAACGUUUUCAUGUUUCAUUCAGACUUCAAUAGGCACAUCAUGCCUCACCCUGAAUAUCAACCAUAUGAGCAUGAGGAAUAUGAAAAGCAAUAUAACUGCAAUUCUCUCACAAGUAUUCAAAGAUACAUGGGAGCCCAUAUUGUAGAUGGACCUUGUGAAUGUGAGGUAUGUUUAAAGUCCUUUGGUUUUCCCUGGGCAUUUGGAAUACAUCAACAAACUCAAACAGGAGAAAAUCCCUAUGAAUACAAGCCAUGUGGAGAGGCCUCUGUUUGUUCACUUUGUACACAUGGAGGAACACAAACUGGAGAGAAAUGUUUUGAAUGUAAUGAAUGUGGUAAAGCUUUGAGUUCUUCCAGUUCUCUUCGAAGACAUGAACAGAUACAUACUGGAGAAAAGCCCUAUGAAUGUAAAGAGUGUGGAAAGACCUUUAGAGAUCACAGUUAUCUUCGAGAACAUGAGCAAAUUCAUACUGGAGAAAAACCCUAUCAAUGUUCAGAAUGUGGCAAAGGCUUUAUACGUCACAAGUAUCUUCGAAUACAUGAAAGAACUCAUACUGGAGAAAGACCUUAUGAAUGUAAACAGUGUGGGAAAGCCUUCAGAAGUCUCAAUUGUCUUCGAUUACAUGAAGGAACUCAUACUGGAGGAAAACCUUAUGAGUGUAAGCCAUGUGGCAAAGCCUUUAGAUGUGACAGUUCCAUUAAUAGACAUAAAAUAAUGCACGCUGGGGAAAUGCCUCAUGAGUGUAAACAGUGUGGUAAGGCCUUUAUCUAUCCUUGUUUGCUUCAAGUGCAUCAAAGAGCUCAUACUGGGGAAAAACCCUAUGAAUGCAAACAGUGUGGUAAAGCCUUCAGACGUCACAGUUCCUUUCUAAGACAUAAUUCAGUUCAUGCUGGCAUAAAGCCCCAUGAAUGUAAGCAGUGUGGGAAGUCCUUUCUGUAUCCCUUUAUGCUUCAAAUGCAUGAAAGAAUUCAUACUGGGGAAAAACCCUAUGAGUGUAAACAGUGUGGUAAAACCUUCAGACGUCACAGUUCUUUACAAAAACACACAUCAAUUCAUGCUGGGCAAAAGCCUCAUAAAUGUAACCAAUGUGGCAAAGCUUUCCUUUAUCCCUAUUUACUUCAAAGGCAUGAAAGAACUCACAUUGGUAAAAACCUGUGUAUGUAUACAAUGUGAUACAAUCUUCAGAUGUCCAUAGUGGAGAAAAAGCCUAGGAAUUGUAAAUAAUGUAACAAAACCUUUGUAUAUCACAGUUCUCUUCAGUUAUAUGAAAGAAUUAAUUGUGGAGAAAGCCACUGAAUAUUAUGUAGGAAAGCCUUCAGAUGUCACUGUACCUUCAGUUACAUAAAAUGAUUCAUCCUCAAUAAAGCCCUAUGAAUGCAAACAAUGUAA